UAUACAAUGAUACGCGUAAAUUUUUUUGGAAAGUUCAUAAAAACAUUCGAAUUCAUUGUUGUUAAACAAGAGUAUGUGUUAAAAAGAUGGACUCACAAUUCGCCGACGAAAGGCUACAGUUACAUACACAAUGUUGGCAAAAUACCGUUUAUGUACAAUACGAUUGGGGAUCUAGUCAAAUGGGCUGCAGAUAAGCAUCCCAAUCGAAAUGCGGUUAUAUUUCGAGAAGAAAAUGAAAAACUCACUUUUCGAGAGUUUGAUGAUAUUACGAAUAAAUGGGCAGCUGGCUUGUUGUCAAUUGGAUUUAAAAAGGGUGAUAAAUUGGCAAUUUGGGGCCCAAAUACAUUAGAUUGGUAUAUUUCGUUUUUAGGUGCAGCUAAAAUUGGAGUUAUUUCUGUAUGUGUUAAUCCCGUGUAUCAGUUACCUGAAUUAGAAUAUGCUUUAAAAAAGUCACAAGUGUCUGGAAUAAUAACCAUUGAAUCUUACAAAAAACAAAACUAUUUUCAAAUAUUAAAACAAUUAUGUCCAGAAAUUAAUAAUUCAAAUGCUGAUCAAUUACAUUGUGCAAAUGUUAAAAAUUUACAAAAAAUUAUUGUAUCCACAGAAAAUAAUUUACCAGGAAUUUAUCGCUGGAAAGACAUUUUGGAAUUGGGUAAUACUUAUAACAAGGAAUUAUUGGAAGAAUCAAAAAGAAAAAUUAAACCUAGUGACGAGUUAUGCAUGCAAUUCACUUCAGGAACCACUGGAAGUCCAAAAGUAGCAUUAUUUUCACACUUUAAUUAUGUGAAUAAUUCAUUUUAUGCAGCUCAACGUUUUCAAUUUUUCGAUGAGCAACAUAUAAUUUGUGUACAAACACCAUUUUUCCACGCGUAUGCAACAGUUGUUGGAAUGCUUCCUGCAUUGCAUACAUGUUCAACACUCGUAGUGCCAGCAAAAAUAUACACACCGUUAAAAACCUUAGAAGCAAUUGAAAAAGAAAAAUGUACCUUUGUUAAUGGAACACCAACAAUGUACAUUGAUUUAGUUAAUUUGCAAAAAGAGCACAAACUUAAUUUAAAUUCAUUGAAGGUAGCACUGAGCGCUGCAGCACCUUGUUCACCAAUUUUAUUCCAUGAUAUGAAAAGUGUAUUAAAAGCAAAAGUUGUCAAGUCAGCGUACGGUAUGACAGAAUCUUCAGCAGUAUUGUUCCAAUCACUACCAGAAGAAUCGGAACAUUAUGCAACAGAAACAGUGGGACAUCUUCAAGAUCAUUUAGAAGCUAAGGUGGUUGAUGAAAAUGGAGAUUUAGUACCAUUUGGGACCCCCGGUGAAUUACAUGUUCGAGGUUACAACAUUAUGUUAGAAUAUUUCGAUGAUAUCGAGAAGACGCAAGAAACAAAAACUAAAGACGGAUGGUUGUGUACAGGGGAUCAAUUUGUUUUACAUGAAAAUGGAUAUGGACAAAUUGUUGGACGUUUAAAAGAUAUGAUCAUUAGAGGCGGUGAAAAUAUAUUUCCAAAGGAAAUUGAAGAUUUUUUAAACACGCAUCCAAAUAUUAUCGAGAGCCAAGUUUUUGGUAUAAAUGAUGAACGAUUGGGUGAAGAAGUUGCCGUUGGUUUACGUAUUGUACCUGGAAGUAGUUUCUCUUAUAAUGAUUUGAAUGAAUUUUGUUCGAACAACAUUGCUAAAUACAAAAUUCCUAAAUAUAUUGCAAUUGUCAAUGAAUUUCCGCAAACAGCAUCAGGGAAAGUUCAGAAAUUUAAACUAAAAGAAUUUUACGAAAAUAAUCACGAUAAAUUUUUAUAAGAAAUUAAAUUGUAACACAAUUAUUAUAACUCGUAUUAUAAGUACUUAUUGUAAC